UCGCACCCGAACGGCCGCUCGGCUGCGAGGCUGCGGGGCCAGGCGCGGCGGCGUCAAGAUGGCGGCUGCGGCGGUGGCGGCGGCUGCGGCGGCGGCGGCUGCGGCGUCGCUCCAGGUGCUGGAGAUGGAGAGCAUGGAGACGGCCGCCGCCGGCUCCGCGGGGUUGGCCGCUGAAGUGCGGGGCAGCGGCACGGUGGACUUCGGGUCGGGUCCGGGCAUCUCGGCCAUGGAGGCGAGCGGGGGCGACCCCGGGCCGGAGGCCGAGGACUUCGAGUGCAGCUCCCAUUGCUCGGAGCUGUCGUGGCGGCAGAACGAACAGCGGCGCCAAGGCCUCUUCUGCGACAUCACCCUGUGCUUCGGCGGCGCCGGAGGCCGCGAGUUCCGGGCCCACCGCUCGGUGCUGGCCGCGGCCACCGAGUACUUCACGCCCCUGCUCUCCGGCCAGUUUUCCGAGUCUCGCUCGGGCCGUGUGGAGAUGCGCAAGUGGAGCUCGGAGCCGGGGCCCGAGCCCGACACGGUGGAGGCCGUGAUCGAGUACAUGUACACCGGGCGCAUCCGCGUCAGCACGGGCAGCGUACACGAGGUGCUGGAACUGGCCGACAGGUUCCUCUUAAUUCGUUUAAAAGAGUUUUGUGGAGAAUUCCUGAAGAAAAAACUACAUCUUUCAAAUUGCGUGGCCAUUCAUAGCUUAGCUCACAUGUAUACUCUGAGCCAACUAGCUCUGAAAGCUGCUGAUAUGAUACGUAGAAAUUUCCACAAAGUGAUUCAAGAUGAAGAAUUUUACACUUUACCUUUCCAUCUCAUUCGAGACUGGCUUUCGGACUUGGAAAUUACAGUUGAUUCUGAAGAGGUUCUCUUUGAAACAGUUUUGAAGUGGGUUCAGAGAAAUGCUGAGGAAAGAGAGAGAUACUUUGAGGAACUCUUUAAAUUACUCAGACUGUCACAGAUGAAACCUACCUACCUUACUAGGCAUGUCAAACCUGAGCGUCUGGUGGCCAACAAUGAAGUUUGUGUCAAGUUGGUGGCUGACGCGGUGGAGAGGCAUGCCCUGAGAGCUGAGAAUAUACAGUCUGGCACAUUCCAGCUUCCUGCUUCUCAUGUUUCGUUGUUACCUCGCUAUGGGCAGAACAUGGACGUGAUCAUGGUCAUUGGGGGUGUGUCUGAGGGAGGGGACUAUUUAAGUGAAUGUGUGGGCUAUUUUGUUGAUGAGGACAGAUGGGUGAAUCUGCCCCAUAUUCAUAAUCACCUUGAUGGACAUGCCGUGGCCGUAACCGAAUCCUAUGUUUAUGUUGCUGGCUCAAUGGAACCAGGGUUUGCCAAAACCGUGGAGAGAUACAACCCCAACAUCAAUACGUGGGAACAUGUUUGCAGUCUCAUGACAAGGAAGCAUUCUUUUGGACUCACAGAGGUCAAAGGCAAACUCUACAGCAUUGGUGGUCACGGCAACUUUAGUCCUGGCUUCAAAGAUGUCACCGUUUAUAAUCCCGAACUUGACAAAUGGCACAAUUUAGAAUCUGCACCAAAGAUUCUUCGAGAUGUGAAAGCACUAGCCAUUGAAGACCGGUUUGUGUACAUUGCCGCCCGCACUCCCGUGGACCGAGACACUGAAGAUGGCCUGAAGGCUGUGAUUACCUGCUAUGACACCGAGACGCGACAGUGGCAAGAUGUAGAGUCUUUGCCUCUUAUCGACAACUACUGCUUCUUCCAAAUGUCUGUGGUCAAUUCGAACUUUUAUCAGACUGCAUCCUGCUGUCCCAAGAGCUACUCUUUAGAAAAUGAAGAGGCAAGGAGGAAAAUUGCCAACCAAGUGUCUGAUGAGAUUCUGGAGAGCUUGCCGCCAGAGGUGCUAAGCAUCGAGGGGGCAGCCAUUUGCUAUUACAGAGAUGACGUCUUCAUUAUCGGGGGCUGGAAAAACAGCGACGACAUUGACAAACAGUACCGCAAAGAAGCCUACCGAUACUGCGCCGAGAGAAAGAGGUGGAUGCUGCUCCCGCCCAUGCCGCAGCCCCGCUGUCGGGCCACCGCGUGCCACGUGCGGAUCCCCUACCGCUACUUGCAUGGCACACAGAGAUACCCGAUGCCUCAGAACCUGAUGUGGCAGAAGGACCGCAUCAGACAGAUGCAAGAAAUCCACCGGCACGCCCUCAACAUGCGGCGGGUGCCCAGCUCCCAAAUCGAAUGCUAGAUCCUCCCAAGGCGUGCAGCCUCAUACUGGCGGCCAUGUCUCGAGGCUGACUCUAUCUGUACUGUUAACUUGAACAAAAGUAUGUCGAUAACUUAUUCUCUGCCUGAACCGAUUCUGACCCCAUAUAUAGAAGGUAAAAUUCAGUCCUGGGAACUUGUUGACUUGUGAUCUUGAUCAGCUUUGCUUCAUGUAUGUGCUAGUGAAGAGCUUAUUAAAGACAAGUGGAAAAACCAGGUGUAGUUACUUGGCUGUCUUUAUGGCAACAAGUUACAAAUCCUUUGUCUAAGGUACAUGGGUUUUGUAUAUGCUUUAAGCACCACUUUUUGUAUUUGCACAUUUGCUUCCAUACUUCUUUCCAUUUCCUCUGAGAUGGUUGGUUUUGACCAGGUCAGAAUUUAUGCCCUCAUCUGUAGGAGGCGUGUGCAAUAGCAAGACUUAAAUUUGAAGGAAAAGCACAAUAUUUCAGCAAGAGUAUUUCAGAAUGUGGUUUGAUAUGUUGUCAUGUUUAUCGAGCUUUUGUUCAUUUCUAGUUUACUGAGGAGACUCAUGAUUUGCUCAUGUGUUUUUAGGAUAUUUUUCAAUGUUUUAGCAGCUUAUAGGUCAUUUCUCUGAGGUGAUGGCAAUUGGCAAAAGUAUUAAGCUGAUUGAGUACAGAAGAGGUUAAAUAUGUGCAAUGUGUGUAUUUAAAAGUAUCGAUGCAGAUUGAGAAAUCAAAAGGCAUCUAAACCUUAAAAUCCCUCUUUUACAGCAGUUGCAGGCUUACAGAUAAUGAAUGAGUGUAAAUAAUGCCCAUGACAAUCAGCACUCAAUGCCUUCCCUUCUCAUUUUUGUUCUAACACAUACUGUAUAAAUCCUUUAUCAUUCCUUUCUACGGAAACUAUUUUUUCAAAAUGGAAAGGAAGUAACAAUUUGGAGAAAUGUUGCUGAAGCCUUACUAUUUCUGGCCUUGAUUAGCAUAAUAUUUCUCUAGACUUCUAUCAGAACUUUGCCUGAACCUUACAGUACCCAAACUUGGGUGUAUAAAUUAGCUCUUAAGAAUUUAUCACCACAGCUGUCUUUAGUUGUGGUUUUUCUUUUUUCAAUUGAGAUUUUAUUUAUUUAUUUAUUUAUUUGAAAGGCAAAGUGACAGAAAGAGACAGAUCUUCCAUUAGAUCUUCCAUCCCACUGGUCAACUCCGCAGUUGGUCACCACAGUCAGGCCAAAACCAGGAGCCAAGAACUCCAUCCUGGUGUCUCACAUGGGUGGCAGGGGCACAAGCACUCUGCCUUCCCAGGCACAUCAGCAGGAAACUGGAUUGGCAGCAGAGUAACUGGGACUCAAGCCAGCACUCCCAAUACAGGCUGCUGGUGUUGCAAGAAUCGGCUUAGCCCGUUAUGCUGCAACACCACCCCAGUGCAUUCUGCUUCUCUUUCACACUCCUAAGCUUCUUACAAGUUAGCCUUAGGUUAACCCUUUCAACACUCGUCUAGUCUAAAGGAUCCCUAAGAGUUGACAGCGAGGAUCCAGUGUAUUUUCUUUGGGGCUUAAGAAAUGACUUUCUUCGACAUUUCAGAAUAUGCUCAAGUCCCAAGUCCAAGUGCAGUGAUUCGUUACAGUUCCCCUUAAUAGUUGUAUAAUCAGACUUCAAAGAGAAAAGCACAAACAGAAAUUGUGGCUUGCUGUAUGCUGGAAGAAAAUGUUUUCAUUCUUGGAUCAUACACUACAACUUGCCUCCGAUUUCUAAAAUAGUAGCUCCCUACCUAGGUCGAGGGUUUUUAAUGUGUUGAAAAUCUGCUUAAUUUAAACUGGGCCAAGGUGGGAAACUGCAUGGCUAUUUCCAGGUAUGGAUACUUUAUCCAACCCUUCCCCUCCCCCCACACAUCUCUUAAUUUCCCUUCAUAGUAACCUUAUAGAAGCCGUUUAUGUUCUGAACAACCCUGAUUCUUAGUUAGGGUAGGUCUGUACAAGCAAGGUGGAAUCAUCUAACAAGGCUCAUGGAGUAAGGCCUCAUUUUUGAUAGACCAAGCUAGCACACUUCUUUAUUUGGUUGUGUUCAAAGACCUGAAUAUCGCUAAGAUGGCAGCUUUUAUCCUAAAAGAUGUCCCUAGUUUUGUUUUUAUUUUGGUCUUCAGUUUUUGUCUUCUGGGACAGUGAGGACCAGUUGUAUGGGAUUUUUGGUUUGGUUUUUGGUUUUUCUGUUUGUUUUUGUUCCUUCACAUGGUGUGAAAAAAUUCUAGCUGUAAUCUGGUUUUGAAAGACUUGAUUGAAACUUUGUUUUGACUCAGCAGGCAGCUUAGACGUUGACUGAAAAGAAGGGGUAAGUCCUUCAUUGCAUGAUGUGUGCAGUUCCCUGACCCCUGAUUGGCUGAUUGGUAUAUUGGAAUUCACAUGUGUGACUUCACAUUAAUAACACGCUUCUGAACAUCCUGACUAACUUGUUCAUAAGAAGAGAAGCCAGAUUUGCUUAAAUGUGUUCAAGGCUGACAUUCUGAAUCUCGGUUCAAACUGGAAAUAACUUCUUCGAGUAUUUGGAAUGCUUCUAAUUAUGUUGAUCAGGCCGUUAAAAACUCUCUUAUGGAAACAAAGAUUGCACGGGAUCAUUUAAUCAGUUAAACACAGUGUUAAAAAGACUGUGUGCAUUCAAGCUGACUGUUUUGUUGCUUUGUCUUUGGUAAAGAGAGGAGGGUGGGAAUUACACUGUAGAGGAACAAUUAUACGUAGCUUUUGGAGGCAGCUAGUUGGAUCUUGGAGUGUGCGCCUCUCGCUUUCCCUGCCCUGCCACGGUGUCUGAAUGCGUGGUAUUUGCAGAGUGUCGGUCACAAACGUGCUGUGUCCUGUCUCGGUUGCAGUGCUGCAUGGUGAGCCUCGUGUGUCUUGAUCCUCGCCUUUGUUGUUGCUGUGUUGGCUCUAAAAAGAUGUCUGCUGAAAACUUGUGAAAUUCAUUAGUUCGGGUUGGGUUUGUUUUAAUCACCUGCGUUUGUAGAGUAUUUCUGGGACCCAAAAAUUCAACACUAUAGAAGAGAAUUUAGAAAGAAUGUGUGGGAGAUCCAAGUGCCGUGUUUCUCAGCCCUUCAGGCCGCCAGGAAAGCAUUUUCUAGGGCACGCCUUUUCCCCUUUGUCUCAACUAACGUAGCAUGUGGCUUGUUUAGACUACUUCAUUUUCUGCCUCUUAAUUCUAAUACCAACACUAUGCUAUAAAUAGACUAGUGACUGAAUUGUGUAUUUGUAACUUGAUCCCAUCAAAUUUAACGAAAGGGGGCUUUUUGAAUACUUGCCUCAAAUUAAGUUUCAAUUAAAAGUUGUCCAUAUCUCACAUCUUUGAAAGUGCACAGUAGUGUAAAGCAAAUGCCCUGCCUACACUAGAAAAAAUAGGGUGCUUUAACCGUGUGCUAUUUGAGAAGCCAGUCUCUGUAACUGUCAGACAGUGCCCCAGUUCCUUAUUCCAGUUUGUUACUUUCUUGAAUAGUCCAUUUUUGUUAUUGUUAUAAUGCUUGCAUUAUAACGUGUUCUAGUCUUUGGAAACAACAGCUCAUAGUUGAAUGAUGUAAUACAGUGAUAGUAAUGUAACACAGCAGUCACUUUGCUUCCAGGAAUUUAGGUAGUUAACCAGUUGGCCCAGUUGCUGCUUUGUUGAUUGCCUUUGUGGGGCCUUCGUCUACCCUGUCUAGCCAUUCCUCCUGCUCUCUUACCUGGAAGCACACGCACAGAGCUCUUGUUGCAUUUAAUCUCUUGCGUCAGGCACUUGUGAGCUGCAGUGCUUGCUAGAUGUUUGAAGAUCCUACCAUCUUGUAUGCUAGAGGACUCAUUGAGUUAUUUGUAAAAUAAACACUUUAGAGUUGAUAACAGAUUUUUCAGGCAUCUACUGUAGUGAAAGUGUGCCCCUAUAUCCCUGUAAGUAGGAAGAGAUGUAGUGUUUAGAAUACUCUGAGACCACGUUGUAAAACAGCCUGUUGUAUGUUCCUGUAGCUGUCCUGUUCUGUUAAAGCUACUAAUUGUCUCAAUUUAAGUUUUAAAUAAACAUAUUUCUGUA